AUGUUCCAAAACGCAUUCAAGAGAGCAUUUGGACGGAGUUCAAAGAUCUCCCCUAAAUAUAGAUUGUACUCACAGUCUUUCCAGUAUCAAAGAUUCAACAACAAACAAUCGAAGAGCUUCUCACAGCUACUAGUGGAUCCCACGUCAAGAAAGUAUCUGGCAUUUGCUUUGGGAGGAGGGUCCCUUUUUUAUAUCACACACCUCGAAGAAGCUCCGGUUACCGGUAGAACCAGAUUCAUGUGGCUUCCUCGCUCACUGGAGCUGAAAAUUGGCAAUUACUCGUAUAACUCAAUGCUUGGUCAGACCAAAGGGUCAAUUUUGCCUGCAAACAAUCCGCUGACGGUAAAAGUAACUAAAAUAUUUGAUAGAAUUGUUGACGCUGCUCAGAGGGAUCCAAGUAUCGAUAAACAGCUUUUGGAAGGUGUAAACUGGCAAAUACAUAUUGUGGAUGAUCCAAAAGCCCCUCCUAAUGCUUUUGUUUUACCAGGUGGUAAGGUUUUUGUUUUCAGCAGUAUACUCGGUAUUUGCAAAAACGAUGACGGGUUAGCAACGGUGCUUUCGCAUGAAUUUGCUCACCAACUUGCUAGGCACACUGCAGAGAAUCUAUCAAAGGCUCCUAUCUACUCCAUACUGGGCGCCAUUCUCUAUACGGUCACAGGAGCUGAUAUAUUCAAUCGGCUGAUUUUAGAUGGUUUUUUGAAAAUGCCAGCCUCUAGACAGAUGGAAACAGAAGCAGAUCACAUAGGACUGAUGAUAAUGUCUCGUGCUUGUUUUCAUCCUCAAGAAGCUGUUAAACUUUGGGGGCGCAUGGCUGAAUUUGAACGACGCGUAAAGGGUAGUGGAAAUUUUAGUCCGGAAUUUUUGAGCACGCACCCAGCCAGCGACAGGCGAAUCGAGAACAUGCAAUCUUGGAUGCCUAAAGCUCAAGAGCUUUACUCACAAUCUAGCUGUGGCACAGGUGGCUACUAUGAUAGUUUUCAUAACAUUUUUAGCGGACAAACCCGCGGUGAGGGCCCGGUUUUCACUUGGGGGUAG